AGAACAGGAUUCUUGUGUGAAUAAAGAUUUCAAGUGAUUUUAUUGAAGUAUUUAAAGAUUUCUUCAUCAACAAUUUGCAAGGAGAGUUCAACGAUGUAGAUGACUAUAAAUAGAAAUAGUUUUCUCAACGUGACAAACUUUUCUAGAAAUAGAAUUGGCUACUGUGUCCAGUUAUACAACUUUGCCUUCAGUAAUAUUGUUGACAGUGAUAUUUCAUUUUCUUAGUGUGAAAUUGGAAAUCUGAAAAAUACAGCGAUAACGAAAUAUUUAAUGGCUUAUGUAGCCUAAGUUUGUAUUUACAAUAUAGACAGGAUUUGUGUGCACAAACAUAAAAUUUAUGGAUGUUUUCGAUAAUAUCCCGAUUUUUAUAGCCAAAUAAAUGCAAGAUGAAAUAAACAUGACAUACUUAUAUUGUUUUCUCUGAUAAUGGCCUAACUUUUAAGUUAUAAGUGAUCUUGACACAAUAUGGGAGAUAACUCACUUGACAGAUAUCCCCACGAAGGUGACACUUCUGUAAACCAAGAUAAUUUAGACAACAGUGAGGAAGAGUUUAUCAUAGAGGAGUACGAAACUUUUUACGUCCCUCAACAUUUACUUGACGAAGAUCAAACUAACUCUGAAACAUGUGACGUGAAAUCACCAGCAACUCAUCAGGAAUAUGCUAAACAAAACACAUCUGGUUGUGGCUUAAGAAAAGAGAAAGAUACUUCAAAAAUUAAAACCAUUACAAGAAUUGAUGAAGAAACGGAAAAUGUAGUUAUCUUAAUACGACCAAGAAGAAGAUCCGUGUCUCCAACUGAAGACAAAGCCGAAGGUUUAGGAAAUAUUUCUGAAUCUUGUGGAUGGACACACAGUGAUUUACCGAAAAGUCAAACUUUAAAACGAGAUUUAAGUACGAAUUCUGCAGGAGAAAAUACAUGCAGUGUUGAAAACAAGGCAGAAAGUUUAGGAAAUAUUUCUGAAACUUGUGGAUGGACACACAGUCAUUUACCAGAAGGUCUAACUUUAAAACGGGAUUUAAGCACGAAUUCUUCAGCAGAAAAUAAAUCUGAUGUUGAAGAUGAUAACACAAUUUCUUCUGUUACUUUAAACAAUUAUAAAAAUGAGAAAAAUUUACAACAUGAAACAUAUAGUGAUAGAAGUAUAAAUAUUAAUGAAGGAACAACAAGCAGUUUUUCGAAUGAUAACUCAGGUACACCGGAAAAUACCACUUUAUCAACAUUCGAGGAAAAUUUAUCUGUGUUCAGUGAUUUGAAUGGAAAUGACAUUAUUCCAACUGAAGAAAAUUCACCUGAUGUAGAAUUAAUAUCUAAAUAUGAGAACCAAGGAGCAAGACCAAAAACUAUAUCUAACCUGGCGGCUUUAAAAGCUGACAAUCUUGUGGUUGGAGAAAAGGAGAUACAGUGUACAGUUAUGAACAAAUUCACUCCAAAACCUGGGAUUUCGAAAGAGGCAAAUGAAAAGGUGAAAAAGCUUAAAGAAAAUGGACACUAUGAUGUUCUAGUAAAAAACUGUAAUGUUACUAGCAAGAAAGGAGUAGUUAAUGAUAUUGUGAAUAAAUGGAACAUUGACAAUUCAAAUCAAGAAAACGACGAAGACGACGUACUUAUAUGGGAAUUAAUGAAAUCAUUAAAAGAAAGGUCAAACAAUAGUGAAAGUAGACAUGUUAUAAAUCAGGAAAUAAAUCCGUCAGAUUCAAGUCCUGAAGAUAAAUGUGACUGGUCAUACGAAAAGGCUACGCUCAGUAAAGACAAAUAUUUAUCAAGGCGUUUACAAACAAAAGAAAUUGGACAAGUAAAAGUAAUAACUUUUAUGUCCCCUGCUAAAGAGAAAGGGCAUGUAAAAAUAACUCCAUUGAAAGUUACAAGGACACUCCCAUUAAAUGUCAAAAAUAUUUUUCAGCAAAAAAUGGAAGAAUUGAAAAAUAAAAGACGUGUUUGUUUGACAGGAGGAAAAGAACUUAUGUAUACUACAAUAGAUAUUGAUGACCCUUGUUUAGAGGGGUCAGAUGAUAAAUACAGCCAUUAUAAUUGUCAAUGUGUGACAGAUGUCCCCCUUCACGAACCAAAGACAUACCAGAUGUCAUCUACCAAUGUGGUCUUACCAAGACAUGAUUUGAUUGGUUCAUCUAAGUCUUCCUCAUCCAGUAGUAGUUCUACUAUUGGCUCAUACAGAUCAUCCUCCAGCUCAGGCUCAUACAAGUCUUCAUUAAGUAGUGGUUCCUUAUUAGGCUCGUCUAAAUCUUCCUCCACCGAUGACGGAUCUGUGACUUAUAAACUAUCUGGAAGUGAUUCCACUGUAGACAAUGACAGCAAAGAAUUUGAUACAAAUGCUAAUCUAAAGGACAGCGAUAUGGUUGAGCAGACAAGUCAAAAUGAGUCCACCACAUCUAGUGGAAGUUUGUCUGACUCCUAUGAUACUGCUGUCAAAAUGCUUAGCUCAUCACAGAUUGAUGAGGCAGAGAAGCAAUUUCUUUUUCUCUAUCAACAAAUGCAAGAGAAAUCAGAAGAUACAACCCAGAUUCUUGUUCAAACAUUGAAUGGGCUUGCUGAUGUCUGUACGAGGAGAAGUCGUAUGUGCCGAUCCAACCCAAUGGAAUGGCAGUGGCUUUGUAUGCAUGCUAUUGCUCUUCUUCAAUAUACAAUGGAAAUUUGUGAUUCUGAAUUAGAAACAGAAAUGGAAAAUGAUACUAUUGAAUGGUACACAGAACAGAAGCAAGCUCUAGAACAGAAAUGUAAACCUUUAGAAGACAGUCUAAAUAGAGCUUUAUACAAUUGUAUGAAACAUGAAGCAAGAAAAUAUUUAGACCCUUUUCGUUCAUUUUCUCUCCCGAAUACUCCUGGAACACCAUCAAGAAGUAUGUUUCCUUUAUCUACUGGAAACAAAUUCAAUCUAUAUUCAACCAUGCAUUCUCAAAUUAUUAGUAAAACCAAUGAAAACCAAAGUGCUGAUGAUAGCCAUACUGGCUUGUCAUGGCUAUCCAAAUUCCACCAGUAUUGUAACGACAGACUUCAAACCAAAAAUAUUGGGACUAUUUUCAAUAGACUAUUUCUGAAAAAGGAGGUUCAUUCAAAGCAUGAUAAUGAUGAUGCAGAAAGUGCAGUAUCAGGAGGUUCAUUAGAUUGGGAUCACAGUGAUUUAGAUAGGGAAAUUUGUAAUGGCCAACCUGUGGAAGAAGAAAAAGAGUCCCCCGUCAAAGAACAUUCACUUGGUUUCGAACUUGCUGCAAGUGACAUAAACAAUGAAGGAUGGGAUUUCUUUUUAGGGGAUCGCAAGAAUUGUACAUUUGAAAGUGUAGUACAAGUGGCAUCAAAUCCACAUCAUACAAAUGGGCCUUCGAAAAAUGACGUUAUUGACAUUCAAAGAAGAGAAAGCAUUAAGGAAAAAGAAGUUGUCUCCCCCUUACAUGAUCAUAGUAUUAAACUGACUUUGACAAAAUGUUAUGCUAAGUUAGCAGAUAAACUAAUGACAGAGGAAGACUAUGCAAAUGCAGAAGUCAUCUAUGAACAAGUGUUAGAAAUUGUAGAUGAAAUCCAAGAUGGUACUGCUGGCAUGCUAAGGUUUCAUGCUAGACUUCUAAAGAAUUGUGGAACUGCAAAAUCAAAACAAGGAAAAAUGUCUCAGGGAUUGAAAUUACUUAACAAAGCACUUGAGACUUAUCGUGACUUACAAGAUGAUGAGGCUAAUUUUGAAAUAGCUCUAGCAUUAUUGGAACUAGGAAAUGGUUAUGUUACUGGUCGAGAUAAAGACAAUGCUGUGUUUAGCUAUGCCAUAGGUGCCAUUUGUGAAUUCUUUGAAAAAGAUGGUUCUGAUGAUAUUACAAGUUCUACAUCAAGUUCAAAAUCUGAGUUUUCCUCACCAGAGAAAAUUGAGGAAGAGCAGAACAUUGAUGAUGCAAUACAGUGUUAUAAAGAGGCUCUACACCUCCUACGUAAUCAUGAGAGUCAAAGGGAGGAUAAACAAUCAGACUUGGUAGCACGAUCUACUAGAAGAUUAGCGGAUUGUUACUUUAUGCAAAAGGAAUAUGAUAAGGCACUUGAAUGCUAUGAGAAAUCUUUGUCCAUGUUAAGGAAUACUCCAUCAGUAGGACGUGAUCUUGUACUAGAAAAUGCUCAUGUGCUGUGUAUGCUAGGUGUCUCUAGUUUUAUGCUACUUAUGUUUCCAAGAGCUGCAUCAACAUUUGAACUGGCUUUACAUAUGGUGAAAUAUGCCUUUUCACUUAAAAGUACAUUCUUCCAUGGACUUUUACUGGCCUUAAUGGGAAUAACAUUCUAUAAAAUGAGAAAUUAUCAUCGCUGUGUAUCGAUGUGUUAUCAGGCUUUUGAAAUAUUUUGUGCCCUGCAUGGUGAUAAAUUACCAGAACUACCAAAGCAUAAAUUCUGGCUGGUGUGCCAAGUUCUCUAUGUCAUGGGGAAUUCUUACAACAAUUUGAACUUACAUCAGAAAGCAAUCAAAUAUCUUUCAGUGGCAAGAUCAGUAUUAAUGGCGUCCAGACAUCGAGAUCGUCGACAGUUCAUGAGAGUAUUACAAAUUUUAGGAGAUUGUUAUUUUGCUCAGUACGAUUAUAAAUCAGCUUUACAAUUCUACAAUGAAGCACUAGAAUAUGGAGAUUGUGAAAGUCAGAUUUCUUUCAAUGAAGUUUUUGAUGCAAAUGCCAAUUCUGAUGAAAUGUCAAUGCACAAUCAGCUCGUUAGCAAAUCUGCAGAGGCUCACAUUAGCAUGCAACAAUAUCAAAAUGCAGUUCAUUAUCUAGAGCAAGCUCAUGACAUGCAGGAAACUAUGGGAGAUGAUAUUAAAGGAGACUUAGCCGCUACUCUUCAUUCUCUUGGACAAAUGUACUGCGGAGCAGGAGAUGUAGAUAAAGCAAUUGAUUCGUAUAAUGAAAGCUUAGAGGUCUAUAGAGAAAUUCAUAAUGGAAACUUAGGGCCUGAAGUUGUCUCCACAUUGGGAGAUCUUGCAGCAAUGUGUUAUGUUAAAGCUUGUCUUUGUGAUGACGUCGAUAGUGAGUUGGAAAUGAUUGUGGCCACUGAAAAAUACUUCCAGGAAGCUCUAGCUCUGGGGAAAAACCCAGUAAUCACUAUUCGUUAUGCAAACUUUUUAUUUAGCCAAAAUAAUUAUGUUGAUGCUGUUAAACAUUUGAAAAGUGUUCUAGAAAUAGAGGACAUUGAAACAGCACCAGAUUUGGUUUAUGGUGGUUUAGAAAAAGUCACUCUGCCAGAUGUCCUACAAGAUGAAGUCGACUGUCAAGAAGAAGUUGUACUUCCACCAUCAUCCCUUGCAAGAUAUUUAUUGAUAUUAUCUCAUAUAAACUUAGGUCAUACAAAACUUGCCGAGGACAAUCUAAUUGACCUCCUUAUGGAAACAUUAGAUUAUGAUAUUCCAAUUUUAUACUCAGUGCUUGGAUAUUCAAUGAUGGAAAUGGGAGUAAUUGAAGAGGCAAUUUGGUGCUUUGGAACAGCAGUAUCUCUAGAGAAUGACUAUAGACUUGCAAUAGAUAAUUUCUGUACAUGUGUCUGUAUUUGGGUUCUACAAACUUUAGAAAGAGCUGUUGGAGUUAUAUGUACUUAUUAUGGAAUAUAUGUUAGUCCCAUGUACUUGUCUACUACAAGUGAGAGCAUUUUUUCUUAUUCAACUUACCUUAUCUAAUAAAUUCAAGAAUAUUUGAUCUUUAAAAUUCAGAAACUCUUUGGGAAAGUGGUGGUGUAACUAUUUAA